AUGCGUUUCCGAAUUUACUGCCGUCGCCACUUUCCAACAAAUCGUCGAACCGCCGCUCUAAAACUCAUCCGUGAGACGAUGAAGUCCGAGAAGGAACAGUUGGACAAAAUGUUCGGGGUUCGCGAUUGGUGUAUUCUACUGCACGACGGCCCCCACAACUCUGACCGCAGACCUAGGGCAUACGGUCGGUCAGAGGGCGAUCAUUGGUCCCUAUGGGGCUAUGCCUUCGGACUGAAGCGCUCAACCUUCUACAUGCACGUAUAUGCAGACCAGAGCGCCACGUUCGGCCCCAACACACUUCUAUCGCGUUCCUUCUUCGAUUACGACGCUCGGAAAACACGCGGUUCAAAAUCUAAACCCCGAUCCUCACCAAACGCCAGCGUGGUCAAGCGCACUGGGAUUCUUACACUGCUCCGAGUGUCAAAGCAUCGAACACUCCAUUCGGACCAGGGCAAUCUCAUUCAACCAUUCCAAGGCGACUACAUUCAAGCUGAUGCGUUGAACAUUGCUUUGAAGAGCCCGUUCACGAAGACCUUAUUCUGGCCUUGCUCCGUCUCUUUAUAUACGAGUUACAGUCACUGCCCUUGGUAUCAUGAUCGGCCCUUUUGGCACGCCUGGCCUUUGUCCAUAUCUCUUCCUGUUCAAAUCUCUUUCACCGCUCUGUAUCACCCUUCCCUCGUCCGUUUUGAACAACUUCUCGCCUUUGAGAAACGCUCCAAAGACACCAUGGCCGCGAACCUUGCAUACCAGAACAUCACAGUACAAGCUCUGUAUUAUCCUCUCCACGCUAAUCAUCCCGACCGCAUCACGAUUCCUGCGCUACUCUCGGACGCUGGAAUUAGUUACCCUGUCGUCGCCCCUGUCCUUGAUCCUUUUUACAACGGACCCAUACAACUUGCCUCUGUUGCGCUAUUGGACAAAACUGGCGUUCCGCAAAAAUACCAUGUUUUUUACCGAUCUCUCCCCUCUGCUCCGCCAAACCUUUCUUUGUUCAACUCAUGUGGCCUCCGGCGACGUGGGGACAUCGUUGUCCUGAAGGUUGGAAAACGACAGGACUAUGGGCGGCACGUUGUACAUACUUUUAGUCUUGUUACGCUGUAUACUCCAAUGUUAUCAUCUCCUUUCAUUAUAAAGAUCCAGAACACGCCUCAGUCAUGGUACUGCCCAAGCGAUAUCAUCAGUGACCCAGUCGCUGUUUCGAACAGUCCACUUUCGAAACCAAACAAUGGUGGAUAUUCUCUGAAGCAAGCUCUGAAUUGGACAUCGGUCCACUAUCGCGAAGUGCAGGUCACUUUCACCCCUUCUUUCGAAACUGCUAAAUGA